GUCUACGAAAGUCCAUUCGUUUGCAACGUUGGCGAUCCAGAUCUGGUAACUGUUCGAAAUAUGCCGGAAUUUAUAAACGCGGACGAAUUAUUACGAGAUUACGUCUUUGAAAUUGACGCAAGCGCAGCAGGCUCGGGUAACCUGGAAAUCAUGAUUAAUGGUGGACGUGUGUCAUGUCGAGUACGUGAUCUCGGUGGACGUCAUUAUUUAGCUUCAUUCACUCCAACUCAGGCAGUAACACAUAUCGUUGAGAUGAAAUUUAACGGUGAAAAUGUGCGCAUGUCACCGUGGAAAAUUCAGGUCAAAAAUCCUCAACUCCAGCAACACCGCCAGCAGCAACAACAGCAAACAAAUGCAAAUUAUGAAAUGGAAGAACGGAUGACUCGAAGCAUCGAGAGCAGACGUGUUGAACGUACAGAAUCGUGGUAUACCGAACUGACAGGAAUUGGACUGCAACGAGCUGCUGUUGGUAAACCAACCACUUUCGAGAUUACGGGCGAAGGUAUUGAGGAAACAGAUGUGCAAGCACGAAUCUACGGUUAA